CUGGACCUCCCUCGCUAAUGACCGUGAUAUCAUGAUAUGCAUCCCACCUCACCUGCACCCUCUAUUAUACAGGAAAGCCCUCCUUACACCUACAAUGAGCGUCAUAAAAAGAGACAAGGAAAGAAAAAAAACGCCCACAAGCCAAUUACCCUUCCUGGAAAACCCAAUCAAUCCAACGCCUCAUGAAAGAAUCUCGAUAUUACCGAUGUCCAAACAACGCAAACUCAUCCUCUUCCUCCUCCCCUUCAUCCUCCUCACAAUCAUCCAUCAUCGAAUCAUCAUCCGAGGACUCUUCUUCCUCGUCCUCAUCUAUUUCGUCGAUGUUUUCGGCGGAGGUGACACUUCUCGGCUCAUCUCUCCCCCAGAAAUCAAGAUCAUCUUCGUCCGCCGAGUCAUCUGUUUCGACUGAUCCAACAUGCGGCGGUGGGUCAAAGAAUCCCGAUCCACGAACUGGGGACACGGAUCGGGAGAUACGUUGAGGUCUAGAAUAACGGGAGAAGCAAUUUGCUCGGUCAUUUGGAGGUGGUAGAUCAUGGGAGGAAUGUCUCCUGCUUCGACCACCCAUGGCUGGAUUCUCGCCAUUGGUGGGAUCGAGGAUAGGAGUGGCUUCAAGUUCCCUGGUCUCAAUGACUGGUACCUCUACAGCAGGAUCGCUAAGAAUUGAUAAUUGCGCUGUGUUAUAAGAAUCGCAUAUAGCACAUUUGAGGCCUAACCAGUGGUAUUUGACGGCGCUCUUGGCAUAACAAUCGUUGCAGGAAACCAUGGCUUUGGUAUCUUGAAAUUGAGGUGGCAUUGGUUGGCCGUCAAUAGCUCGAUCCAGAUUUCGAAACUGGGUCUCCAUGUUGACCGUACUUUUGCUGCAAAUGGGACACUUGUAUGAGGACUUCAUAUGUUCAUCGUAGCAUUUCUUGUGUAUUGCGUGGGAACACAGCAUGAAUACAACUGGGGAGGGAGAUGUGAACAUAUAUUCACCGCAGAUUGGACAGUCGCAGUCUGAUACCCGUUCGAUGCAUUUGUGAGAAUGCUCGACGGACAUGGACAUACAAACACCGCAAGUCUGUAGAAAUGUUAGCAACAGCACAGAUAGAUAUUUUGGAAGUGCUUGCCUUGCAAUGGAAAAAGUCUUUGCCCAAGCCUCGACCUUUCCUGCAGAUGCCACAAUCAUUGCAGUGAUAUAUACUCUUAUUAGAGUCGUUAUCCCAGAGUUUGCAUACACCACAAUAAUACCAAGCCGUUCGUUCUCCACAAUCGACACAGAACUCUCCUGCCCUCUGAGCGCAACCACAGAGCAUACAGAGCAUGUUCUUGGUUGCCUUUCGAUUGAGAACAUGGUCCUCCGCUUCGUCGUGACACAACCGGCAGGUAUACCACUUCUCACAUGCUGAGCAUUGCAAUUUAACAUUCCUUUUGUAAUGUUUACAUCCCAAUACUGGAACUGAUUCUUCCAUACCACAGGCAUAUCCAUCCUCGUCUAAUUCAGGGGGAUCCGCUGGAGCAUAUGUACGUGCAAGAUCACUCGGAGACAGGUGGAAGGUAUGCUGUUCGUUUGGAUUCGGCACAUCGACUGCUCCAUUCAUUUGCCAAAUGAAAGAAGUCAACGUGUCGGGUGUUGUUGGCCUCUCCUGACUUAUCAUUCUACCUGGGAGCGUCGCGGGCUGCUUGCCUUUAAUCUGCGACCUCUGGGCUUUUGCGUAACUUCGAGUAAGCAGCAUAUGCAUUAGUCGUGCCUUUUCGUCUGCAGAAGCGUCCAUGGCUUGGAUUACGAUAAUUUGCUGGCGUAGAGGCCCCAUCCCAUCGUCUUCGGGCAGGGAGCUAUUUCUGUGAUGUGUAGCCUCCAUAGUCGAGCUUCGCGAAGGGCCCUCGGCGGGACUCAUUCUGACAUCCACUAUGCUCUGACUUGUACUGGUUCCUCCUGAAUUUGUUCGAAGCCCUCGAGGUAUCCCAAAAGAUGGAUUGUUCGAAACGUCGUCGUCCACAUCGUUCGUGCUUGGUCGGGAGUAACCUAACCCAAGCGGUAUAGAGUGCCCAUUAUUCGUUGGUGAAUCUGGUCGUCGGCCGUUCCCUAGCACUUCUAAUUCAUCCUCGAGUCCAUCCUCGCUCUCGACGGGCGACGAGGUGAAUGGACCCCCAGAUAUGCUUCCUUCAGUAAUUCUUCGUUCAGUCUUGCAUUCGACCUGCCCUUUUACCUCCUCUCCUACAUCCUUCACCACAUACUCAUGUCUGCUGUCACCAAGUACUCGCUCGUUCGUUGCGGCGGGGGGAAUUAUAUCAUCGGCGCCGUUACGGGAGAAGCGUCUGGCGGUUCGUAAGACUGGAUUUAUGAUAAAUUCUGAUACGAGAGAGGUCAUUUGGUGAUUAUGUGUCUCAUCUGGUGAGCAUCGAGUUUCCUAUUACUUGUUCAAUAUAGCAAACGUCGAGUCCUGUGCAGGUGGGCUGACAGGUCCAAGGCAAAAAGGUCGAAACCUAGGUAAGGAUUCCAUUUAAUAUGACGGUUUCUGUGACAGCCCAGGGAGGCCCGUAAUCGCACGUGAACCUUGCGAGCUGUCCGGGGACGGAGGCGGAGCCGGAGGUCCUGUGAAGUCGGCCGGGGGUCGGAUCGGGGAUUUUUAGGGUUCUGCUAAUCAUGCCAUGGGUGCCAUCUAAAAUCUUAGCUUUAGGUAAGCUCCCCCUCCUCAUUGGGUUCCCAGCACAUUGGACACUCGACGACGGUCUGCUGCUAGCGUUCUCUCAAAAUCUCGCCAUGUCACUACCACUCCCGACCGCCGUUCAGAAGAUCACUGCGUACCGUCAUCUUUACCGGAGCCUUCUGAAAGCAGUUCAGUAUUCCAAGCCAGCAAGAUAUACGGCUAGAGACCAAUUGAGACGGGCUUUUCGCACCGAAGACCCUGCUACUUUCGACCAGCAAAAGAUUGACAACACCAUCGAAUUUCUCAGCUAUGCGGCGAAAGAGGCUGGCUUGGAGCACAAGCUUGUGAAGAACAUUCUUCUGACGAACUGGUGGAAAGCUCGAAUUCAUGCUCCAAGGACGAAGGGGUAAGCCUAUUUGGAUCGGUGCUAAUGAAAUUGCAAUUAAUAAUUCUAUAGGUCCAAAGAGACUAUUGCUGCUGAGAUGCAAAGAAAGUCGACCAUGAAUUAUACUAUGACUUUGGCUAUGCUCAACGAUAGUAUGGGUCUGUGUUUGCGGUAGCAUGUCCACAUUGCUUCUGGGUUAGCAGAGACAACUCCAAGGCCUUAGCAAUAAAGAUUUGAAUGAGUAUACGGUUGAAGUGCGAGUGCCGUGGAGUAUUUCUUUCGAAUUUGUGAGGGGAAAAACUCACGAUGGCCUCUUGAAAAUCUUGGUCAUGAAAAGACUUGGGGGGUUCCAGUGAAUAGCCGUGAUUCAUACUGAGCACUGGAGGUGAAGAACCAGAAAGGUUUAUGGUUGCACGAUUGUGCCUCAAGCUGGGUUGGUAUUUUAUUCACCAUCUUUUCACAUGUAUGAAGCUUGUACUAAUCAAAGUAUAGCAGAAACGAAUUCCUCUUGUGUUGAUAUAAGAGGAAGAAAUUCAGUUUGUGUAUGUUCUGUCACCUCAAGCAACCUAUUGCCACUUCUUUGAGAAAUCUUUUAAGGUGUUUCGUGAAUCAAGAUGUUGGUCUGAUCUGAAGAGCGGUGUCGAAAACGGCCGUUGUACGGUGGAGACGGUUCAAGGUGAAUUGCUGCCGAACACUCCCAGAGGCGAAAAUAAAUGUCAUUUGAAAUAUUAUGUUCUUGAUCAGGAAACUGAGUUGAAGGUUUGCUGCCAUUCGAGUACAUUGCUAUUAAAGUUGCUGCCAGAUGCCAUUUGAAAACAUUGAUAAAUCUGGAAGGUAUGAAUUGCUGGUUAGAACCUUGCCUGGCGAAAUCUAGCCCUCGCCCUGGUAAACAGACAACAUUUGUAGAUCAUUUAGAUUUCUUCAGAUGCA